AUGGAAGAAGGUCUAAUGAAUGGAAUAAAUUUUUCCCCAAAUUACACCACACUAAAAUAUUGGUAUUUUCUUCCAAACAUUCAAGAGCUUAAAUAUAGAUUAUUUAUAAUAAAAACAAAAGCAAAUACUGUCUUUGUAAUAUUCUCCUUUAGGAUAGUUAUAUUCCAAGAAAUAAUUAUGAAGUGCAACAAUGGAACAACUUUGGCCCAAGGAAUGAAAUAUGCUUUUUCGAAGGACAUCACACUUAAAUACCAGAAUACUGAAGGUCUUCUCUUUCAAACCUUUGAAUUGCAUGUAGCAAAGAGUACUCAUUACAAAUGCACAAAUUCUCAUAUUAGAGCAUUUUCAAUACCUGAGGAGGUAACUUUAAGGAUGGGUAAAGGUGUGCGCAUGUGGAGUAAAACCUGCAUUAGUGGGAGUGCUUGGUACCUCGAAAAGGGUUCCAACUGGGAAGUGUUCAACUUACAGAAGUUUAAUUUUACAUGAAGUUAAUGAGGUGAGGUGUUCUACUCUACAUAUGUUACUGUAAUCAAAUGGAGCACAAAUCUCUCAUUCGGGCCAUGAAUUAGUAGGAUCCAGAAUCCAAUCCGGAUAAAUUUUGUCAUGGUAAUUAUGCAUUGUGAGAUUGAUCCUAGAAUUAAUCCUAAAAUCGGUGAAUUUGUACAUUCCUGCUUGGGAUUAAUCUCAGAUAAAUUUUAUAAUUAAAUUGGAUAAAUCUUGAGGAUUCCCC